AUGGCCAACUCCCUCAUUCUCGGCUCGUCUCCUAUAUUUGGCCGGGUCGACUCCUUCAUCUUCGAAGACUGGGUCACCAAGAUCGACUGGGACAAAAAGAUAGAAGAGCUGGGCUCAGACAAGUUUGAAGAGACCGAAAUGGUCCUCGACUUGCGCAUGGCAGGCUAUUUCCCAGCCCCAUACAACAAAAUAGUUGUCUAUGAAGUGGCCUACACUAAGCAGUAUCAAAUCAUUUGGAGCUUCCUCUGCAAAAAGACCGAUGUCACCGAUGCGCAGGCUAAGGCACUCAGCGAGGUACAAAAGACUCCCGAAAUUACGGAACUCAAGAGGAAAUGGGUCGGAACAUGGGAGGGCAUCUCAACCAAGGAAUUUCAUGAAGUACGGACUGAAUGUUCUAGAACUUUUGAUGAUGAGGAAGGAUCUACAGUCUAUCCCGAGCUACGAGAGAUGCUAGUUACCGAGUUUUCCAAUGGGGUUGUAAUGAAGGUGAUGCAUAUCAUGAUUGAAUAA